CCUUGCUAAACCACCCUGCUACGCCUUUAAAAUGGGAGUUUACGCUGAACUUUCACUUUCGUUUAGUAUUCCAUAUGGGAACAGGCAGAUAUCAAUGUAUGCCGAACUCUUCCGCAUAGACCGCUUUAGGUUUCGUUUUGAAAAAUCCCCACUGUGGAAUUUUAAGCCUAUUUACCGGAUUAGUUUUUAUACUGUGGCCGCAUUUUCAGAGAUUUUUUUCUUUUGCGGCUAACCUCUAUGCGAUGAAGUCUGUGCUGUGGAUUCUGACAGCCCUGCUCGCUCAGCAGGCCCAAUGUAUCGUUAGGAAAUAUUAUUUAGCUAUAAGAGAGGAAGACUGGAACUACGCACCCACUGGACGUAAUCUGAUCAAUAACAGAAGAAUUAAGGAAGACGAACAUGCAUCAGAGUUUCUCUCAUCUGGCCCUACUCGAAUAGGGAGUGUUUACCGAAAGGCUGUAUACAGACAGUACACAGAUGACUCUUAUUCAACAGAGAUCCCCAAACCUGACUGGCUUGGCUUCCUCGGACCUAUUUUACGUGCUGAGGUUGGUGAUGUCAUGGAGGUCCAUCUGAAAAACUUUGCAAGCAGGCCGUAUUCCCUUCACCCACAUGGAGUGUUUUAUGAGAAGGAUUCAGAGGGUGCACUUUACCCAGAUGGCACAUCUGGUCAUAAUAAGAGUGAUGAUGCAGUGUCUACAAAUAUGAGUCACACAUACACCUGGAGAGUCACAUCAGAAUAUUCUCCUACUGAAGCAGAUGGUAACUGCCUCACUUGGAUUUACCAUUCACACGGUGAUGCACCAAAAGAUAUUGCAUCAGGUCUUAUAGGAGCUCUCCUCACCUGCAAAAAAGGCAUUUUGGACUCUACUAGCUAUAAGCGCUUAGAUGUGGAUGAAGACUUCAUUCUGAUGUUUAGUGUUGUGGAUGAGAAUUUGAGCUGGUACUUGAAAGAGAAUGUAGAAAGAUUCUGCUCUGACCCAGAUAAAACUAAAGAAAUCAUACAUAAUGUGGAUGAAGAUUUUAGAGAGUCCAACCUUAUGCACUCAAUAAACGGAUAUGUUUUUGGUAAUUUGCCUGGACCAAAAGUGUGUGUGGGUAGACCUGUGUCUUGGCAUCUCUUCGGCAUUGGCAAUGAGUUGGACAUUCAUUCUGCCUACUUCCAUGGCCACACCCUCCUAGAUCGUGGGCACCGCACGGAUGUCCUCAGUCUAUUUCCUGCCACUUUUGUCACUGCAACAAUGAUUCCAAGGACAGAAGGAAAAUGGAUGUUAAAUUGCCAAGUUAAUACUCAUUUAGAAGCGGGAAUGCAGGGUUUCUAUGAAGUCAUGGCUUGUGGAUCUACAGACUCUCCAGCAAAACCCGCUGGCACUGAGAGACAUUUCUACAUUGCUGCUGAGGAGGUGUAUUGGGACUACGCUCCUUCAGGCAUGAACUAUAUGAAAAAUAUAUCACUUACUGAUCCAGACAGUGACUCUGCAAAGUUCUUCAGUCAUGACAAUGGCAAGCUGGGUGGAAAAUACUUGAAAGCCAGAUACAUUGCAUACACUGAUGAAUCAUUUACUACCAAGACACACAUUGUGGGCUCGGACGUGCAUCUUGGUAUUCUAGGUCCUGUCAUCAGAGCAGAGACUGGUGAUGUUAUCAUUGUAACAUUCCUAAAUAAUGCUAAACAUGACUAUAGCAUUCAGCCACAUGGAUUGCAUUAUGAAAAAGCCUAUGAGGGAUCUAUGUAUCAGGAUGGUACUCAGAAAAAUGGAGCCUCAGUGGCUCCAGGUACAAAAUUCACCUAUAUUUGGAAUGUAACAGAAGGUCCCUCUGACAGUGACCCUCCCUGUAUUUCAUACUUGUAUUAUUCCUCUGUUGAUCCUUUUCGUGACACAAACUCUGGCCUAGUUGGGCCCUUACAAGUGUGCAAAAAAGGCAUUCUUGAUCGGAGUGGGCAUCAGCAUGCUGACAAAAUUCAGCAUGAGUUUUUUCUGCUAUUCUCUGUGAUGGAUGAAAAUGAAAGCAGGUAUCUGGAAGAAAACAUUAAAAAGUCUGGCAGCCGUGAGACGGAUCAAGAUGAUGAAGAGUUUCAGGAGAGCAAUAAGAUGCAUGCGGUGAAUGGGUACAUGUAUGGAAACCUUCCUGGACUAGACUUGUGUUUUGGUGAACAUGUAGUUUGGCACACACUUGGCUUAGGCACAGAAGUGGAUAUCCAUGGAAUUUAUUUCCAGGGCAACACGUUUGAACGAGAUGGGACAAACCGUGACACUCUCAAUCUAUUCCCACAUACCACAGUGACGGUCAACAUGAUACCCAAUAAUAAUGGGAUGUUUGAGCUAAGCUGUCGUACAGGUAAUCACUACAAUUCAGGUAUGCAGCAACAUUACAAAGUAAAAGUCUGCUCAGCAGAGAGUCCUCCACCAGAACAUUUUACAUCUGAUAUACACUACUACAUAGCUGCAGAGGAAGUUUUAUGGAAUUAUGCGCAAGAUUAUACUUGGGAACUUGAGAAGCACAAGACUACAAUGGAGGACAGCUUAAGAAGUCUUUACCUUAAUAGGUCAAGUGAUCGGAUUGGUGCUGAGUAUAAAAAAGUGGUGUUCCGCGAAUAUGUGGAUGGGACAUUUACCCAAACGAAACCAAGGAGUGCGGAGGAGGAGCAUUUAGGGAUAAUGGGACCCAUCCUUAAGGCUGAGAUUGGUGAAAAAAUUCAAGUUGUGUUUAAAAACAAAGCCAACAGAACAUAUUCUCUUCAUGCCCAUGGAGUAAAGACCAGUGAAGCCCAUCAGCAUCAUGUUAAACCAGGUCAAGUGGUAACAUACAACUGGACCAUUCCAGCACAAUCGGGUCCAGGCCCCAAUGAUCCUAACUGUAUAACAUUUGCAUACUAUUCAACUGCCAGCUAUGUUAAGGACUUGAUGAGCGGUUUGGUUGGUCCACUGAUAGUGUGCCGUAAAAACACCCUAGACACCAACAGACGUAGAAAAGACAUUAAAAAGGAGUUUGCCCUCCUUUUCAUGGUGUUUGAUGAAAAUGAGUCCCAUUACCUGGAUGAAAACAUUAACACUUAUCUCAUUAAAACGGAUACUGAUAGAUCUGAUAAGGACUUUAUGGAGAGCAACAGAAUGCAUAGUAUUAAUGGAAAGUUGUAUAGUAACUUGCAUGGGUUAAACAUGACAGAAGGCGACAAGACUGAAUGGUAUUUGCUAGGAAUGGGGAACGAAGUGGACAUGCACACAGUGCACUUCCAUGGACAGAGCUUCAUUUACAGAAUGGAUCAUUCCCAUCGUGCUGAUGUAUAUGACCUGUUUCCAGGGACGUUUCAGACCAUAGAGCUAACUGCAGGAAACCCUGGGCAGUGGUUGCUACACUGUCAUGUUACUGACCACAUUCAUGCUGGCAUGGAGACACUUUUUACUGUUAAAGCAGACCCUAGUAUUAGGAAUGAUCAGAGCAGAGCAGACCCUAGUAUUAGGAAUGGUCAGAGCAGAGCUUUCAGUCAUUUUGAAAUCCAAUCCACUUUGAUGCUGUGUUUAGUUGGAUUGGUCCUAUGUCUUGUAAAAUACUAGAAGAAAUAUGUGACCAUAUUGCAAUUAGAAUUAAUAGUGUAUCAUAAAUGAAUGAAAAUAAUAAUGAUUUUUUUUAUUAUUCACCUUGGAAAACAUCUCAUUGUAUCUACAAAUAUUGACUGGUGAUACUGAUUAAUAUAAUUUAUUUUACUGUGAAUUUUUCUGCUUUAAGUGAUCCAAGGACAUGCCAUAUUUAGAAGUAGUUGUUUAAUUAUGCUUUAACAUAUUCAUACAACUUCUCUGUUGGAAAUGAGACCUGUGUGUCGUUCAGGUGUUACUAAAUUACCCUCAUUUCACAAACCUCAUUCUGCACCCACGGUUCUUAGCCUGGCCCUGCAUGUAAAACUGUAUUUACGUAGGCAAAGAUGAAUAAUACGUGCUCUGUACAUGCGAAUGACAUAUUAUAAGCCUCAAAUACAAUUGUUUUCUCCUUCUUAUGUAAACCUUUUGCAUGCAAAAAACAGCUGGAAAACAGGCCAAUCUAAACAUAACACAGACUGUGACAUUAGAGUCAAGAUGUAUGCGGAAGUAAAAUAUGAUAAAGGAAAAGUAGCUAAUAAGUUCAAUCAAUUUUUUUCAUCAAUUUCAAAGAGAUUAGUGGACAAGCUUCCUUUGUCUAAGGGAGUUUAUGGAAUUGAGUUUGUCAAUAGUUUUUAUUUAAAUAAGGGAGAAUUGCCUAACUCAUUUGCAUUUAAUGAAGUUACGGUAGAUGAAAUUACUAAGAUGUUAGAAGAUCUUCAGGUGACUAAGGCAUGGGUUAGAUGACAUGAUCCAGGUAAUUAUCGUCCAGUUUCAAUUCUCAGUGUGGCAUCAAAAAUCUUAAAAAAGGGUUGUUUAUAAUCAGAUGUAUCAAUAUGUAUGUAAGAAUAGUUUAAUUUAUGAUUUUCAGUCAGGUUUUAGAAGAUCUUAUUCGACUGAUACAUCAUUAUUGUAUUAAACAGAUUUUAUAGGGAAACAGAUUGAUAGAGGUAGGAUGUGUGGAAUGAUACUCUUGGAUCUCCAAAAAGCUUUUGACACUGUGAAUCAUUCAGUUUUAAUUGAUAAAUUAAGUUUCAUGGUUUUUUCAAGUAAUGUGAUUGCCUUAUUUAUCUGGGAGAUUACAAAGUGUAGAGAUUGAUGGGAUUUUAUCUGAAAAAAAUAAUAUUAUUACUGGAGUUCCUCAGGGAAGUGUUUUAGGCCCUCUUUUAUUUAUUUUGUACAUAAAUAAUUCAGAAGCUCAGUACUUGAGUAAAUGCACUUCGUUACUGUACUUUACUGCAUUUUUUGGGCUACUUUGUACUUGUAGUGAGUAUCAAAAAUAUAAGCAACUUUUACUCUUUACUCAACUAAAUUUUUUGGGGGGGUAUUUGUACUCUUUACUCCACUACAUUUGAACUGACACUUACCAUUACUCACUACAUUGUUUAUUCGUCAAUGAAUAAAAACGAGACGAAAGUGUCAGGGAAUGAGGGACAGAAUCUCUGUGUGGUUGCAAGGUUAGAUGCACACACACACCACUGAGGGACUUCCUGUGGCGCUACGCAGGGCAAUCGUAUGAAAUCAGAGUACUGCGAGAGCGAAUCAAAUGCAUAUGGAGAAGUCUGGUCUCACAGUAAUUUGAUGUCAAACGCUGAACGGCUUGCGUUGAGCCGCCGUAGCGUAAAAUAUAACACAGAGGCAGAGGUAAAAAUCUACUCGAUGGGACAUCAGCUUGCUACUUAUGUCAUAAACUGUACAGAAAAGUUAGCGUCUGGUCUGAGAGAAGAGAUAAAGAGCAGACAUAUGGAUGCAUAUCACAUUUGAUUCUGUCAAGGGACCCUUUGUUAAACUUGUGAUGCUGCAAUCAAAACAAACAAGAAGCGCGAUUGCAGCAGGGUCAUCCCGCAACUCAAAGUCAAGCACAAAUGUUUAUAUACUGAUGCUACUUUAUCAGCUAACCUGAGCUGGUACAUAACUUGAUAUAACUUACUAUAUAAGCCAAAAUAAACCAGUGAUGUUCUGUACUGAUUGCCUGAGUAACUUAAGUAUGUUAUAAGAUUGAUAAUACAUGUACAAUUUCACUGUCCUCACAUUUAAUCAAGUAUGCUGGAAUGUAUUUACUGUAAAGAGGGAUGCAUGACAGAAGAAAUUAAGUGCAGUGGUUCUCAAAGUUUAUCCAUGUGCGGCCCCCCUUGUGUAUGCUGCAUUCCUUCAUGCCCCCCCAAAUAAAAUUUAUGACAACAACAGUUCUAAAAUUUAACAUUUUAAAUAAACAAAACAUAUUAAAUUAUACCAUGUAGUGUUGUUUGUUAGUAACCUUAUUUUUUUUAGGUUUAAUUACACAGAAUUCAUGAUAAAUUAAUGUAUUUUAUAAAAUUACAUGAAACUGUGGCCCCCAGGCACCAUCUUGCGGCCCCCAGUUUGAGAACCAAUACUAUAGUGCACUUAAUGUGAGACAGUGGUGUUACGUACUACAUGUGUUUUAAAUUAAUCUUACAAAUGAACAACUUUUAACUGUAACAACCUACUGGACUCUAAUACUGGAAAUGUUGAAAUAUUAAGAUUCAAUUUUUAUCAAAAGACUACUACUUACUAUGUUUAAUCUGUGUUUGUUUUGCCAUGUGGAAAUAUUGAGGUGUUUGAUUUCUUUUUUAUAUUAGGAAGUAAAACCUUAUGAAUAAACUUUCUUGGUUUUCACUGA